AUGGAGUUCGUCCAAUUCCACCCAACUGGAAUAUAUGGAGCUGGAUGUCUUAUCACUGAGGGAUCCCGUGGAGAAGGAGGUUAUUUGGUCAACUCUGCUGGAGAACGUUUCAUGGAGCGUUAUGCACCAGUCGCCAAGGAUCUUGCCUCCCGUGAUGUUGUCUCCCGCUCAAUGACUGUCGAGAUCAUGGAAGGACGUGGAGUUGGACCAGACAAGGAUCACAUCUACCUUCAACUUCACCAUCUCCCAGCUGAGCAACUUCAACAGAGACUUCCAGGAAUCUCUGAGACCGCUAUGAUCUUUGCUGGAGUUGAUGUCACCAAAGAACCAAUUCCAGUUAUUCCAACUGUUCACUACAAUAUGGGAGGAGUUCCAACCAACUACAAGGGACAAGUCAUCAGCUACUCAUCUGAGAAGGGAGAUCAAGUUGUGCCAGGACUCUACGCUGCUGGAGAGUGCGGAGCUCACUCUGUGCACGGAGCCAACCGACUUGGAGCCAACUCUCUUCUCGAUUUGGUUAUCUUUGGAAGAGCUUGUGCUAUUGACAUCCUCAAAAACACGUCCGCUGGAGUCGGAGUCCCAGAGCUUCCAAAGAACGCCGGAGAAGCAUCGGUCGCCAACUUGGACAAGCUCCGCUUUAACAACGGAGACAUCUCCACCGCCGAGCUCCGUCUUAGCAUGCAGAAGUCUAUGCAAAAGCACGCCGCCGUCUUCCGUCGUGGAGAUAUCCUCAAGGAGGGAGUCAACAUUCUUUCCAAACUCUACAAAGAUCAAGUUCACCUCAAGGUUGCUGAUAAGGGACUUGUCUGGAACUCGGAUCUUGUCGAGACCCUCGAGCUCCAAAACUUGCUUAUCAAUGCCACUCAAACCAUCGUUGCUGCUGAAAACCGAGAGGAAUCCCGUGGAGCUCACGCCCGUGACGACUUCCCAGACAGACUCGACGAGCUCGACUACAGCAAACCAACCGAAGGACAAACGAAGAAGGAGUUCAAGGAUCACUGGCGCAAGCACUCGAUCAUCAGAUCGAACAUUGAGACCGGAGACGUCUCCCUCGACUAUCGUCCAGUCAUCGACACCACACUCGACAAAAGCGAGACCGACUGGGUGCCACCAAAGGUCCGCUCUUACUAA